CUGACGUUUUCACUCCACCCCUCGCCUCUCACCUCUCGCCUCUUACUCAAACCACACUUACACUCACAUUCUUGCUGACCAGACACCUGUAAAAGAACAAUCCCAGAAGCCUAACUCGACAAUGCAACGGAGUAACGAACAGCAGAUCGACAGCGGUGCGUAUGGCAUCGACCCGAACAGCACCUCUGCUGGAUCAGACCUCGACAGAAACGCGACUUCUGAGCACACUCCCCAACGAACGGAUGCUACCGUGAUGCGCGCAAAUCGCCUAGCCCCCACAGGAGGAUGCGAGUACCGGAUUGCAGAGCCGACUGUUGGCGGGUCUGCACGUAUGGCACCUUAUGAUGCUGACAAGAUCGAGAGUGCGAAGGAGCGCCUUGUAGAUGCUAUGAACGGACUGAAUGUCCGUGGUGUCGGUGAAUCUUACAGAACAGCGCCGGUUUCAUACGGGAACCAUCCGCCAGAAGUGCCUAUUAUUGGCGUGGAAAACCCUCGAUCGGAGGGUUUGGUGCCGGCUUCAACCGACAGCACGGAGAAAAUCCAGGCUGCCAGCACUUCUGAGAUGUCUGAACAGAUGGAACCAAGACACUCCACAGGUCUUAAUAACGAUCCUGAGACACACCCCUCGGCGGAGGAGCAGAGACAUCCAAAGCAGUAUAUGUCGUCGACGAUGAGGGGGCAUGAAGUACCAACGGCUGCUGUUUUAGGGGCCACAUCAGCUGCGUUUCCGGCACCGCCUUUGAACGACAAUGUGAUUUCGACGACGGAUAUUCCUCCCACGGCGCCUGGUCAGGCUGAUACGAGUGAUGCGACUCGCCAUGAGCAUCAUCAUCUUUGGAACGCUUACAGGGAUAACUACAACGACGAUGACACGUUGAAGGAUUCGUCUCAAGGGCAUUUACCCACGUCAAUGAAGGGCCAUGAAGUGCCGAUGGGUGCUGUCAUGGGUGCUACCUCGGCCGCAUUUCCGGCACCCCCGCUAAAUGAUAAGGUGGUUUCAUCGACGGAUAUCCCGCCCACGGCUCCUGGCCAAGCAGGCGCGAUCGAUUCUACGCGCUACGAGCACCCUCAGGGCCAUCAUGAUCGACACAGCUUGCCAUCCUCGCCGUCCAAGCAGCAACAGCAACAGCAGCAGCAGGGGCAUCAUCAUCACCUUGGUUUCGUCGACAGGGUGAAGAGCAUCUUCCAUCGUCGCAGCACUACGAGUGAAACUGAUAAGACCGACGCUCAGGCUUCAAAUGCCACUUCACCUGGAAGCAUAGCUACGCACCCUGUGGACUUUGGUGCCAAGGACAAGGAAAUGUAUUCUAUGGGUAGCAAGGUGGCAAUUCCUCCUGAUGAUGUUGUUACCGCAGGUGCGGGUGCGGGUGCGGGUGCAAUAGCCAUUCCAACUUCAAACAGCACGUCGAGCAGGACUGAGCCUGUUCGGGAGCCUAUUUAUGACAAGAGCAUGUUGCCGUUGGGGUGGCCAUCGGGGGUGAAGACGCCAUCGUCAACGAUUUCAGGCGCGACGAUGGACUCGACUGCGGCGACGUAUACGCCCUCGGCGGAUAGUCUAAAGUACAAGAUAUCUUCGUCAGCGACGUCCUCGGGAGCUUCGACACCAAGGGAGAUUGAUUGACGCGACCGCAGGCCCACUACGACGGCAUCCAGGGCAAGGUGUUGAUAAGUAGGCAGUAAGAUCUGAUAAAUAAAGCGGUCUAUGGCGGUUAAAGAACGCGUCGUUCGUCAUAUGCGGACGAUCUAUCCAGGAGG